AGGUCUCAACCACCCACCAACUAGUACGAAUCCAUUGACGAGUUGUGACGACAAUUAAUAAAUCUGCGUUCUUGUUCAUCUCAGCCAGAACUUUCGAGCCCCCUCAACUAGGCGCCAUCAAGUCAAUUUUCUCCGCAAGCACCCGACUCCGCUCAACAGGGCUUGAUCAAGUGAGGUGACACAGCGAAAGGAACACUAUCCCAGCUUCCAAUUGGCCCUUAGCCCACUCACCUGGUGGUGAAAGUUUCAUUCAUUCACCUGGCUCAGUGCAACCUGUCUACAACGACCGUUUGGCUGUAGCUUUUAGAAAAUAAAGAACAUAAGAAACCACUCAUCUAUGACCAAUCAUCGAAUGCCUUCCUCUUAUUCUGUGGCUCGGGCCACCGCCACCUUACCCAGACAUUGGUCGAAGCCUCUUGGCAGUGGCCCAGCUUUGAAGUCGGAUCCCCGAAUCAGCAAAAAACAAGAGGCUGCGAAUAAAACACGCCUAAUCCUACGAAAUUAUUUGAAAAGCGGUGAAGAACCCCCUCCAGAAGUGCUGGACAAUCUAGAUCCCACGAACCUCAGCUACGAUGGUACCUUGUCUUCUAAGGGGUCAAUGGACUCGAUAAAGCUCACACCAGCCGCCUCUGAGCGCAAACGGCUUGUCCGCAAGCAGACCCGUCGACAAAGCCUUCUGCCUUCAUUUUUCGAACCACUAAAUCGCAGCUCUGUGACUUCGGCUUCCAGUAAUGAUGCGCCCGUCGCAUUGACGACGGCGGCUCUCACUCAGCAUGACCAUCCAGCCGUAGCCUUCCUCGCUCCUCCAUCACAUGUCAUACGUCGGGCAACUUCCUUUGCUGGUACCACACCGCCACCACCGAUAAUUCGUGUCGUCAAACCUGAACCUGAGUGUUUGGAUGAUCACUCUAACCCCAGUAGUCGGGAUCCAUUCUAUUAUGAUAAAGUAUUAGAUGGCUUGGAAGAUGAUCAUCCAUCUAGCCCUUCUCGCCGACAACGUCGCCGAAUCAAUUCCAAGGUCGAGCCUCGGCCCGAAAGUUUUAUCGACGAAAACGGCGUCACGGCCUGGUUCGCGGACCAAUAUUUAACGUCUACAUAAACUAUUAACCCUUGCCACUCGCAAGAUGAACUAUCAAAAAACCCAUUCAUUCGUCACUCUGCUCACAGAAGUAAAAACAAAACCGUGGUGCACGACGCAAGCCCCAUGAAUAUUCUCGAAGCUCAAAGGCAUUUCACACCUACGACUCAGCUAAUAUGAUUUUAUCCAAAUACUGAUCACAUUUACUUGAAGCAUUUUAUUACGCCUUGCUUGGCCGUCUUCAUCAUUCAUUUGUAACCGCUAGCUUCCAUCUCCAUUCUCUUUUGUUGCCCCUGAAACACUUCCUACCUCAAUAGUCUUCUUAACUCACUUCCACAAUUGUCUAACUCGUCAUUCAGAGAUAACUUGCAGUCUGCCCACCAUGUACCUUUUUUGAAUUCAUUUACUUCCCUUCAACCCCGCCGUUCUUGCUUCGUUUUGUGUGCCAUAAUCUUGCUCCAUCGUCUUUCUCAAUGUAUUAUUUGGUCAUGUUUCUAUAACGCAGUAGAGUUUUAUAAACCUAGCAAUCUCCACCCGCGUGUGAUCGAAUUUAAUGACUUCAGAUUUAA